GGCAGCUCGAACAGAGGCUGAGAGGCAGCCUGUAUCUUGACAUUGUGUAUAAUAUUUUGGAUAAUGCAGUCUUCUAAGAGGAGUGAGAGUGACUGGCAGGGGCUCGUCAGCGAGUUCCUGGUGUGUAAACGUAAACUGGAGAGUAAGAAAGAGGCCCUGCUCAUUCUGUCUAAAGAGCUGGAUACCUGUCAGCAGGAAAGAGACCAGUACAAGCUGAUGGCCAACCAGCUGAGGGAGCGUCACCAGGGACUCAAGAAGAAGUACAGGGAACUCAUUGAUGGUGAUCCGUCUUUGCCACCAGAAAAACGCAAUCAAGUGAACCUGGCUCAGCUGUUGAGAGACUCGAGGGAGCGAGUGAAACAGCUCGCUGAGGAGGUGAAGGAGCUGACUCAGAGGCUUGCGGAGGCCCAGGGGGAUAACAAGCUCCUAAGAAUGACCAUUACUCGACAGAGGCUGGGAGAUGAGGAGGUGGGGGUGCGCCACUUCCCUGCCCAUGAGCGUGAGGAUCUGGUUCGCCAGCUAGAGAGAGCGGGACUACAGAUGGAGGACAUGGAGCACAACAUGAAGGCUCUGACAGACGAGCUGCAGGACGUGAAGGCGGAGCGCAGUGUGUUCAGGGAGAAGGCUGAUCGACUCAACAUGGAGCUCAACCACAUCUUGGGCAACCGCGAGGCUCGCAUUAUUGAUGUGGACGCACUCUGCAUGGAAAACAGGUAUUUGCAUGAGCGUUUCAGCCAACUGCAAGAGGAGGUGAAUCUGCUAAAAUCAAACAUCAUGAAGUACAAGACAGCUCUUGAGAGGAGGAAAAACUCCAGCACAUAUGGGAAAUCAAACAACAGUCCCCUCACUGGAGUCCUCUCCGCCAAACAAGUCCAGGAGAUGCUCCUGGAAGAGAAGGGCUGCAGCCUGCCAGCCACACCUCAGUCCAUCUCCGACCUCAAGUCCCUGGCCACAGCUCUGCUGGAGACCAUCCAUGAGAAGAAUCUGGUCAUCCAGCACCAGAGGCACACCAACAGGAUCCUCGGAAACAGAGUUGCAGAUUUGGAAAGAAAGCUGAAGACCUUGGAGGUUUCAGGACUGUGGAGCCUUCCAGGGACGCGAGACAGUAUCACACUGAAUGAAAACCUUCAACCACAGCUUCAUCCAACACGUGCCACAUCACAGCCAAACAUGCAGCCCAGAGUGCAGCCACCCAAAGUUGUGUCAGACGACAGGAGCUCACAUGAAUCACCGUGGGAAUGCCACACGGUUGGCAGCGACCUCGGCACAGAUGGCGUCAGCAGGGAAGACACACCUGCGCUGCUCAACAGUCUGGAGCCUCUAGCAGGGGUGGAGACGAAUGGGAUUGACAGGAGAGGGGGAGAAAUAGUGACCCUGACUGAAGAUGGCGCCACCCUAGAGCUGGAGGAUGGGCGAAGUCCGGUGGAAGAGGCAGGGCAUGAGGUAGAAGGGGUUGAAGAUGAAGAACUAGGUUCCACGGUGGAGGAAGGAGAAGAGGCGGCCUUGGCGUUGGAUGUGCUGCCCACUGAAUCAGACCUUCCGUGGCUUCCAAUUAAACAAGCCUCUGUCGAUCAUUCAGAGGUGGGUCAUCAGUCAUGCGAAACCCAGGACAAUGAGUCUAAUAAUGUACCUGAACAUGUAGAAGUCUCUAUGUCAAUUCCAGAGAACCAGGGCACAGAGGUGUCAAGUACAGGGGAGAGAGCGCAGAGUGACACCUGUCAUAGUGACAACCUGGCAUGAUGUUAAGUCACAGAAAGAAGUUUAUUUAAAUCCUUAUCCGUGUCGUCCUUAUUGAUGAUUGCAUUAAUCAUCCCUAGUUGCAUUCUCACAACGUAGCCACCGCUCACCAGCUCUCUGUUCCGCCUGACAGCUCUGUUUUAGUCAAUAAAACACAGAGAAAACACUUUCACACUUUCACUUUUCAUCCACCGUUGACAGAGCCGGAGGUGCAUUUGUAUCUAGACAGGCUUGUUACUGCGCAGGAACAGACAAUCUUGGAAUCAAUGGAGUUGCAAACUUCAUGCCCUACAGGAAGAGUGUAGCUUUGAAAAUAACAAAUAUGGCAGCCUCAACUCCAGGUCCCCAUAUUCCCUCCUUCUUUUCCCCUGCGAUAAGAUAAUCCCAAUUGUUUGCUUCUUUUCCUCUUCCUAGGGGAUGCCAAUAAGUGUUGAGCGCUGCAUUUCUCUCAUGGGGGAUCCAAAUUGGCUCACCAAAACUUGUAAUGAAUGUGUUGUACUUGUGUAAAUUAAUAAUAUUGAUAUAAGAGAUUCUAUUGAUGUCUAUUCAUCUGUACGGGUGAAUCUUACCAAUCAUUCAGUUUUUAUUUUGCCUCAUUUAGAAGUUGAUAUUCAGAUGAGAC